AAAUCUAAAUUGGAUCACAACCUUCUCCUUUCCUAUAAUCCCUCCAAAAUCUAAAUUGGAUCACAACCUUCAUCACAAAUUUUCUCCUAUUCCAUUCCAACCUUACCAACAAUUUUGAUCCAAACUUACACCAUGCAAUCUCCUUAGCACCUCUUUCUACCUAUUUCUACAAACCUGGUUCUCUUCUCUUGUUCCAUUCCUUAGAAACAGUUUUAUAAAAACCAACCAAUUAUGUAAAAUAUACCCUUUUGCCCCUUAAAAUUCCAACAACAACAACAUAAAAAAACCAAAAAAAAAAAAGAAGAAUCCUUUCUUCUUACAUUUUGGAAAACUUAUGUAGUGUUGUGUUGGUAUAUCCAUUAUUCUAUCUAACUAAAUAGUUUUCUUUAUUCAAUUAACGCAACAACAACAUCAAAGAAUUUUUUUUAACAACAAAGAAAUUCUUUUAUUUAUUCAUUUACCGCAAUAACAACAAAAAAAGAAUGCCGGAAUUAGACAGAGGAACAUCAACGGAGUUGCCGGUGACACCGGACACACCGGGAGGACCAUUAUUUUCGUCGGUGAGAAUUGAUUCUCCUGAACGUGAUUCUUUUACAAUGCCGAGGUGCAACAUGUGCAUGCCCAAAAAUAUGGGUGUUCGAAUUCCGAGUGUUUCUCUAACUCAGAAGAUUGGAGCAGAGUUUGUAGGAACAUUCAUACUGAUAUAUGUAGCAACAGCAGGACCAAUAGUGAACAACAAAUACGAAGGUGUAGAAACGCUUAUAGGAAAUGCAGCCUGUGCUGGUUUAACAGUCAUGGCAAUUAUUUUCUCAAUUGGUCAUAUCUCAGGCGCACACCUCAAUCCGGCACUCACCAUUGCAUUUGCGGCGUUUCGCCAUUUUCCAUGGGCACAUGUUCCUGCCUACAUUGCAGCGCAAGUCUCUGCAUCGAUCUGCGCUGCUUUUGCUCUCAAAACUAUUUAUCGUCCUUUCCUCUCUGGUGGUGUUACUCUCCCUACCGUUAGCGUUGGACAAGCUUUUGCAACCGAGUUUAUCAUCACUUUUAUUCUCUUGUUUGUUGCAACUGCUGUUGCUACGGAUACUCGCGCAGUUGGUGAAAUGGCUGGUAUUGCGGUUGGAGCUACAGUUAUAGUCAACAUUCUGAUCUCAGGGCCAACAAGUAGUGGUUCAAUGAACCCGGUUCGCACCUUAGGUCCAGCCAUUGCAGCAGGAAACUACAAAAAUAUCUGGAUAUAUUUUGUGGCGCCGACGCUUGGUGCGCUUGCUGGUUCUGGAGCUUAUACGCUUGUCAAGCUCCGUGAAGAAGACAACAACGAAGCUGAACAGCAGCCGCUACCGGUUAGGAGCUACAGUCACUAGAUCUGCCUGCAACACUGCUUAAUACACCCCACUCCACAUGUUUCUAGCUCCUUCCAUAAUAGUAUAGAAUUAGGUUAAACACAACGGUUGAGACUAAUCUCUCAAGCCAGGAUAUUUUACCAUCUCAUCCGGAUAUUUUACCAUCUCAUCCAGAUGCUCUUGAGUAUCUAUGUGCGUUUUUUGUUUGUGGUGUAUCACGUGACAUGGAAGGUUUGUUUGAUCGAUGUGGAUUUUCUAAGGGCAUGGUUUGUAUUAUGAUUAAUGCACCUUAUAAUGAACAAUGAAUAAUGUGUUUUGUUGUAUCUUGUUACAUAUAGCUCAAGCCUAUUGAAGUAAAUAUAAAUGCCACAAUAUACAAAA